AUGACUAUCAAAAUGGCAUGCUAUUUUGGUUGGUUAGCACAUGACUUGCGCGAAAUUUUAUAUCCAAUUCUUAUCAACAAUUAUGUCAAAUCUAAAAUAACGACCAUCAUCUUUCAUACGUUCUGCUUGUCUAAUAAUAUUUUUAAAUUUCUACUCAUUAAUUAUAUGUGCGAAACUGUCUCCACCAAAGCAAGUGCAACAACAGAUUUAUUAAAUAGAUUAUCAUAUAUCACUUGUGACAUUGAAAUUCGUGAAAUCAUUUCACAAUUUUCAUUACGAAUAGUUCAUGUCCCUCUUAGAUUCUAUGGAAUUGGACUUUUCCAAUUUGGUUUUAAAUUUCUUCAUGGGUUUAUCACAUCUGUUGCGACCGUUGUAGUUAUAAUACUACAAGCACAAAGCCUGCUGUCAUGUUAUAUCAGGAAAUUAGUGACAGGAACAGAAUCUACGCACUGGGAAUCUGAUGGCAGACAACAGAAACUGGAUAAAAGCUGCAAAAUCUUCCUCGAUUUCUGCAGCCAAUCUGCUGGCAAAACGUGUCAAUACGCUUUGUCCUAUUUCUAA